AUGGAGAUAUCUGAAUCUUUGAACAAGAACUUCUGGCAAAAGGCCUUCCAGGGCCCUAGCCAAAACGUCUCGUGUGUACGACAUGCAGUCAUGGCUCUUGGCGCCGUCCAUUGGCAAUUCACAACAUGCGACCAGGACAAACCAUCAAGUCUUGAAGCUUUUACCCUGUCGCACUACAACGGUGCCAUAUCUGGUCUGAUACACGGAAGAGGCAUCGCGAACGAUUCCCCAACCGAUCUAGUCACUAUCCUGACAUGUUGCGUCUUGUUUGCCAUUCUCGAGAGCCUUCGCGGCAACUUCAGCGAGGCGAUUCGGCACAUCAGGUCUGGGACAGAACUCAUUGCGAACCACAAACCCAUCACAUACCUACCUAACCAUGAUAUCGAGGAACUGGCAGCCAUAUUCCACGCCAUUGGUAGCCAAGUCGGCCUCUUCUCCCCAAACCGUAUAUUCGCAAACAUCACGCCAUUCAUGGCCCCGAAAAAGAAGUACUACAAACCUGCUGGAAAGCUUCGGGAUCUCGUCGAGGCGGAAGAUGUGAUGAACACGUUCGAUGAUGUCGUCACGCACAUCUCGUGGGACUUGGAGCAGGAUCAGGACCAUAACAACUCCGAGUGCGAAAAGCAAUGGGCAAUACUACGACAACGAUUGCGAGUAUGGGAUAUACAAUUCCGGGCCAUGGUGAAGGCCCUAGUAGGCACAGCCGAAUACGGAAGAAACCUAGAAAGAAUUAUCAAUCUGAAAAUUCAGUACAAACUCUGGGAGUUGCUACUAGCCGAGGAAAGCCCUGCAGUCGAUUGCGACAACCAGCCCACAAGCCACCUCGACGCUGUAGAAUGCAGUCUCCUACUCGACGACCUCGAUCACUUGUGGACAUAUCUCCUGGCUUCAUUGAACGACAACGAGCUAGCAAAUGUCAAGGCAGAAUUUGAACUCGGCGCCUGCUCUCCAUUCCAGCCCCUGCUCGAGCUCAAGAUCAUAAGACCUCCCGAUGAUUACAUCGGCAAAUCCCAUCAAUAUAUGCGCGCCAAAGAAAACGAAGCAGGCCGAGAAUCUCCAUUCGUCGUCAUUGACGAAGAUGCAGGGAAGAGGGGUGCAGUCUGGUACGUGGAUGCCUUUGCCGACGACGAAAUGGUGGAAGAGGGACAAGCAGAAAGUACACAAGUGGUCGUGAAGCUCCUUGUGAAGACGGAAUGCUUAGCUCUGACGUAUAUCAACUACGAGAUUGCCAAUAUCGACAUCGACGAGGAUCUGGACAAUGCUGAAGUGGAGCGACCGCUGAAGAAUGAUUUCUUUCAGCCCUUGGUAUCGGAUUGCGGUGGGAUGGAUAUGAAAGAGCAACAGCGUGAUCAAGACGUGGAAGUGACGGCUGGACCGGGUGAAUUCGAGGAGACUAGGGAGAAAGCUCUGCUUGAGAACUUCUCUCCUCAGCCAGAUAAGCUUGGGAAGCUCAAGGACGAGAUUGCGCGGGCUGCUGGUCUACUCGCAGCGUGGACCUUUGUUGAUGAGGCGCAGCCGGUGGAUAUGCCUGACGGCUCACGGAAGACGUUCCCGGCGGGAAGCGUUGUACUUCAGCAGAAGUACGAUCCAGAUUUCCCGUGGCCGGAGUACGAGUGGCCAGAGGGCGAUGCCAAUUCGAAAGCGCAAUGUCCUCAGGUCGAACCCCUGUUCCCAGCGAGGAAGACGAAAGAGUUGGAUGAGAUGGAAAGUUACCUGACGUCCGAUCCUUUCCGAGACGUUGCAAUCGAGCGCCUAUCAGGCGCCGUCAAGAUCCCCACGCAAAGCUACGACGAUAUGGGCGAAAUUGGAUCUGACCCGCGCUGGGACAUUAUGUACUCUUUUGCCGACUACCUUGAGAACACUUUCCCGUUGACGCAUGCGACAUUGCAGUUGGACAAGGUCAACACGCAUGGCUUGCUGUAUACGUGGGCUGGCACGGACGCGAGCUUGAAGCCUAAUCUGCUCAUGGCGCAUCAGGACGUUGUGCCUGUUCCUGACUCUACGGUUAAGCAAUGGACGUAUCCCCCGUUUUCUGGUCAUUAUGAUGGGAAGUUUGUUUGGGGCAGGGGUGCGAGCGACUGCAAGAACCAGUUGCUGGCUAUUCUGAACAGCGUCGAGGCGUUGAUCUCUGCUGGUUUUGCUCCUCAGCGAACUUUGAUCCUGUCGUUUGGCUUCGACGAGGAGAUAUCUGGUCGAGAAGGCGCAGGCCAUCUCUCAGAGUACCUAUUACAGAAGCUCGGCCACAACUCCAUCGCCGCCAUCAUCGACGAAGGCGCCGUAAACGUCGAAAGCUGGGGUGCAAACUUCGCCAUCCCCGGUGUCGCCGAGAAAGGCUACAUUGACGUCGACAUCGUUGUGCGUAUGCCCGGCGGCCACAGCAGUAUCCCACCCGCACACAACGGCAUCGGCGUAGCCAGCGAGCUCAUCACCCUAAUCGAAGCAAACGCUUACGAGCCGCACCUCGCAGACGAGAACCCAUACCUAGGCCUCCUCCAAUGCGGCGCCUCCCACGCGCCAGACUUCCCGCACCACCUCAGCAAACUCCUCGACAAGCGCUUCAAACGCAGUCUAACGUGCACUAAGAAGUCCUCCAAGGACGCCCUUGCCCUUGAAGCAGCAAAAGCAGGUCCAGGAAUAAAAUACCUCUUCACAACCUCCGUAGCCGUCGACAUCAUCCAUGGCGGCGUCAAAACAAACGCGCUGCCCGAACGAACCCAAAUCACAGUAAACCACCGUAUAAACGUCGGUUCCAGCUCCUCAGCCGUGAAAACGCACAUCGCGUCCCUCGCCGCCCAAGUAGCCCAAAAGCACAACCUCACCCUCCACGCCUUCAACGGCACCGAGACCCCCUCUAGUAUAACCCUCUCCCACGGCCCCACCAUGCUAGAACCGGCGCCCGUCACACCCACAUCCUUGGAAUCAACCUCACACACAAACAAAACCGCAACGCCCUACCAGAUCCUGUCCGGCACAACCCGUGCCCUCUACGGAAAAGAUUUGCUUGUGAGUCCGGGUAUCAUGACUGGAAAUACGGAUACGCGCUACUAUUGGGAUUUGAGCGAGAAUAUCUUUAGGUAUGGACCGGGUUGGGAUAGGGAGCAGGUUGGCUUGGGGAAUAUUCAUACGGUGGAUGAGAGGGUGGGGGUGCAGGCGCAUUUGGAUACGGUCAUGUGGAUGUGGGGGUGGAUUAGGAAUAUGGAUGAGGCGGUUUUGUGA